AUGGCGGCCUCCAUUGGAAGUCUCACCGGCAAAGUGGCUCUUAUAACAGGUGCCAGUUCAGGUAUCGGGGCAGCCACUGCUGUUUUAUUCUCAAAACUUGGUGCCAGAUUAGCCCUUACAGGACGAAAAGAAGACAAUCUCCAGAAAGUUGGACAGAAUUGUUCUGAGGGUAAUAGAGAAAAGCCCUUCUUAGUGCCUGGAGAUCUUGGAAAAGAAGAGGAUGUUAAAACUAUUUUUGAUAAAACUGUGGAACAUUAUGGAAAGCUUAACAUUUUGGUCAACUGUGCAGGGAUAAUUGAGUUAGGAAGUAUUGAGUCAACAUCCCUUCAACAGUACGAUAAGCUCUUCAAUGUAAAUGUAAGAUCUGUAUAUUACCUGACCAUGCUUGCUGUACCUCACCUGAUCAAAUCUCAGGGAAAUAUUGUGAAUGUGUCCAGUGUUAAUGGUAUACGAUCUUUUCCAAAUGUACUGGCUUACAACAUGUCAAAGACAGCUCUGGAUCAAUUUACACGCUGUGUUGCUCUAGAACUUGCUCCGAAACAAGUCAGAGUGAACAGUGUCAAUCCUGGUGUCGUAAUCACAGAGUUACAGAAGAGAGGUGGCCUAGAUGAGGAGGCUUAUGCUAAGUUCCUUGAGCGAUCACGGGAGACCCAUGCUAUGGGAAGGCCAGGUCAGCCAGAGGAAGUGGCAAAUGCCAUAGCAUUCCUUGCCUCAGACAACUCCUCUUUUGUGACAGGUGCCUCCAUUCCUGUGGAUGGGGGUCGGCACGCCAUGUGUCCACGGUGAUCUGGUCCCCUGUGCAGGACACAGUACCAAUGUCAUACUCAUCAGAUGUGAUAGACCGACAGAAAUGUCUGUGGUAGAGGACACUGUUUCUUAGCUUUAUUUUAUAGGAUUCAGGGACUCUAAGAUUGCUCUCACUCGGAUCUUGCCACUUUAGGUUGAUUUAAAUGAUAAAAUUAAACAAAUUGUUUUGUAAUAAAUAUUUGUCAGUUUUGUAGACCAGAACUGAGUGUAAGUUAAUACUCAAUGUGGAGAAAUAAUGUACAAUAUUCCUAGUUCUUCUGAUGGUAUGUUGAAUGCUGUAUGUACAGUGUUGAUUUAUGAUUGAGAAUGAGAAUACAAUAUAAAAUUGUUGGGAAAAUCAUUGACUAUCUCUCUGUUGGUUUGAAUUAUUGGUACUGUAAUCUCAGUAUCAUUAUUUGAUGUUGUCAUAAAAACUUUUAAAUAAAAAUAAGAAUGAUUUUAUCCAGAUAUGUUACAACUGAAACCAUGAUAAAGUUAGGCACUAAUGUCUUAUAUCCGGUG